AUGCAUCCGAGGACGUCGAGUCCUUUCUCAGGCCAUGUAAAUCUUGCUUUUACAUCGCCAUCUGUCCCUUCCCCGGUCCAGAGAGUCGACGAUGAACAUGACUCUGGUGUGACCGCUAUGGGCUUGGUAUCGCAACCUCCUGACAGCGCUCACGGCUCGAUGAAAGAGUUCUUCGGAGACUCAUCAGCUAUUGCUUUUAUUAAACAGUUACAAGAUACCCUCCGGCCGAACGCGCCGACCAGGAUGGAAUCCAACCGAGAGCGGCGUCAGCACCGUGUCCAUGGACGGACAUCCUCGCCUAGGCCCAUAUCCUCUGCACCCUGGGUGAAUUCGCUGCCCCCUCGCACUUUGGCGGACCAUCUUGUCGACUGCUACUUCGCCAAGAUCCACACCCUCUACCCUUUCGUACACAAAUACGCGUUUCUGGCCAUGUACCGGUCCUUAUGGACAGCGCAGGGGAUUCCCUCAGGCAGGAAACCAACCAACGGACUGGGCCUCGGUGAUACGAGAGUCAAUCCCAUCACGUUCUAUUACGCGCUCAACGCUCUCUUUGCACUGGGAUGCCAAUUUUCCACCGUGGUCCAGGCCGAACGGGAAAUGACAUCGGAGGCGUUCUUUCGUCUGUGCAAACCGGCCCUCGACCUGGACUCUCUCCAAGGCAGCGACCUUGCCCUGGCACAAACGCUUCUAUUGAUGGUGCACUACUUGCAAGGGUCUCGUACCCCGGAUCGUUGCUGGCAUGUCAUCGGCACCGCCUGUAGAGUCGCUCAGGCAAUAGGGCUCCAUGCAGAUUCUGGCAACAGUAAUCGAUCCUUUGCCGAAGUACAGAUCAGGAGACGGGUAUGGCAUGGUUGUGUCAUGCUUGACCUGUCAGUCAGCACGAUUCUUGGUCGUCCACCGAUGAUCUCCCUGAAACCGGUCACGCCUCCUCCAGAAGCGAUUGAUGAUUGCUACCUGAAUGUGAGCAAUGAGAGAUGUGUGCAGCCUCCAAAUAUGCCUUCACGCGUGGCGUGGUUUGUGGAAACACUGAAGCUAUACGAGAUGCUUCGAAAGCUGUUGACUACACUAUACGACAACACGGGGUCAAAUAGAGAGGAUACUGCCGACAAAAAGGCCGAGAGUCUCUUUCAGAGUCAAAGCAUUUUAGCCAUUGACUUGGAACUUCAAGAAUUCAAAGGAGCUUUACCCACAAAUUUGAAUUGGGAGGCCCGGAGAUCCGAAGAACAGCCUGCUGCAUUUCUCCGGGAAAGAUAUCUGCUUAGGGCCAGAUUUACUCACAUAAAGGUCCUUCUCUAUCGGCCAGUCCUUUCUCAGAUGCUCCGUGAUGCCAGAGGGCUGGGAGAGAACGAACGCGAUCUGAUCGAGCACAGCGGGAUCCACUCAAAAUUUGUCUUAGAUUGUUCUGUCUGCGGUGUCCAGGCUGCAGUUGACCUUGCUUCCUUGGUUCAUGAGACCUGCAGCACUGAGCUAUCCAGUGUCUGGUUCUAUAGUGCUUUUUAUGCAUUUACUGCUGGAUCUGUCAUUUUGCUAGCUGAACUAUCACCGGUAAUCGUGAACAUCGUGACGCGAAGGGCACUGGAAAAAGCUUGGAAUCAGUGUCAGGAGUCCCUCAACUACCUUUCAUCAUAUAGCGAUACUGCGGGUCGCUGUGCUCAGACCUUGUCCAUGAUCCAGUCGAAGUGUCUGACUACUACCGACCAGCAGGAGCAAGAUGACCAGCCACCGGACUCUGGUGAACCAGCAAACCUCGGCCAGAAUGAAGCGGGCCGUCAUCCCGACCUGGCGCCAGAAGCAAGUUAUAUGCCGUUCACGGAUGACCUCUUCCGGGCUUUUGAUUUCAACGAUGAUACUCUUUUUGAUCCGUUCUGGUUCAAUCUUAAAUUCUAG